AUGGCAGGCCCUAGAAAGAAUAGAGAUAUAUUAACCGGUGGUAAAAGGUAUGCUGAGAAAGCUGCCAAGAAACAUGCUGUUGAUGAAGUCGUGUUUGAUAAAGAUUCAAGAGAAGAGUAUUUAACUGGGUUUCAUAAAAGAAAAUUACAAAGACAAAAGAAAGCUCAAGAAUAUAUAAAAGAACAAGAAAGGAUAGCUAGAGUUGAUGAAAGAAAGAAGAUGAGAGAUGAGAGAAAGAAGGAUUUGGAAAAUCAAUUAAAGCAAUUUCAAGAAACUGUUAAGAAGAUAUCGACAUUGGAUGAUUCUGAUGAUGAGGAAGAGAAGGUUGAAAAAGAAGAAUGGAAAGGAUUUAAAGGAGAACAAGCAGAAGAAAGUGCUGAUGAUAACGAUGACGACGAUGAUGAAGAAGAAGAGAAACCAGUUUCUAAAGGUUCUGCAGCCAAACCACUCAAGGGAAUAUUACAUCAUACAGAAAUAUACACUAUUGACAAAGAUGAACCCGUUUACGCAUACAAUCCUAAUAAUGGUAAUGCCAUAAUAGAUGACGAGACUGAAGUUGUGGUUGAAUCAUUGGAUAAUCCAGCUAUAGUGAGUGCCCAAGAAGCUAGUUUAGCUGCCAUUGCCAAAUUAAAUAAUGUUAAUCUUGAAAAAUCAGAAGAGAUAUUAGAAAAGACCAUCCAUAAAGCUCAAAAUUAUGCUAAAGUGGUACAGAAUUAUGAAAAGAAACAACAUCCACAAAAGAAGAAGAAGUUCAGAUAUCUUACCAAAGGUGAAAGAAGAGAAAAUACCAGAAAGGAAAGAUAUAAAGGUAACUCAAAGAAAGAAAGAUCCAAAGAUAAAGCUAAGGAUAAAGGAAGUAAAGAUAGAAAGGGUAAAAAGUGA